AUGGGUUCAUCGCUUCCAUAUGCUUUUAUUACUGUAUCAGUUUUGUUAUUUACACAACUCUGGCCUACAGUGACAGCUACAAGUGCCUGUUCAACCUGCACACAAACAAAUCCAACGCUUACCAUUGAUACAACAAGCUCUGGAUCAACUCCGUUUGAUAGCGAUGUUAUGGGAACGGAUGGAAAUGGAUGUGUGACAAGAACGCUAACUUGUACAUCAACAGUUGUUGGGUAUCCUGCGGAUAUUUCGUUCAAUUCGGAUGCAAAUGGAGUAAUCGAAGGAACUCCAUCAGCUGUGGCAAAGCUAACAUGCAACGGCACUGAAUGGGACUUCACUUACAAUGGGGCAACUGCUGCGAUUUCGACAAUUGGAUGCUUUCCAAUAACUUGCUCUAUGUAUCCAGACCUCUCUCCAUCCACGACAACAACUACCACUACAGCUCCAUCCACGACAACAACUACUGUUACUUGUGGUGUUUGUCCUUUUACAGGAUAUUGGUCAGCUUGGUACAAUCAAGAUAGCUGUACCCCGUCAUGGACAUGGAUUCAAGUGGCCACAACCGGACAGCCAAACUACAGUCGAACACAGCAAAACUUCACAUGUGGGAUGUACGGACGACAAGUGCAAGUCAGAGAUUGUGUCUCGGCACAACGUGGAUGUCCUUGCAUUGGUGAUAACGUUCGGCAAGUUGCUUGUGGCGAUCCAACAGUCUGCUCAAUGCCUCAACUUCCUGGGAUCAGUUGUGCCACUGGAUACAGCUUGUCCGGAUCGACUUGUAUCCAAGCAACAACUACCACAGAUGCCCCGGUGAUCCCAGAUCCUUCUCAAAGCAAUCCAAAUUGUGUGAUCUCCCCAACCUGUCCCUGUCCAUCGGGUGGAGCUUGGAGCGAUUGGCAGUUGAUUUCCACUUCUCCGUGUCCGAUGAUCCCCAACUAUCAAUAUAAUACUACAAGUGGACAAAAUUACGCCACAGCAGCUUGUGGAUCGUGUCAAACACAGCUGGAAGAGAGGACUUGUACAUCGGCAACUCGCGGAUGUCCUUGCAGUGGACUACCAUAUCGCUGGAAGCGUUGCAAUCCCCUUCUCUGUAUCUCUCCAACAUUGAUAUGUUGUAAUGACGUCGAUGGAAUUACGAAACAAGUCAACUAUACAACGAAGCGAUAUGAAUGUCUUCCAACUCCAUCAAAUCUUUGGAAUGACACAACAACAUCAAUGGAUCCAUGGCCAACAAAUAACUGCCCAACCUCCACAACCUCUACGACAACAGUUGUUGGC